UUCAGGUGACGGUGAUGCACUCCAUGCAAGCUGGAUACCUAGAGAAAGCUCAGAAGUACACAGAUAAAGCACUCAUGCAGUUAGAAAAAUUAAAAAUGCUGGACUGCAGCCCAAUACUCUCUUCGUUUCAAGUCAUGUUACUGGAGCAUAUCAUCAUGUGUCGACUUGUAACAGGCCACAAAGCAACAGCUCUCCAAGAGAUUUCUCAGGUCUGUCAGUUGUGUCAGCAGUCUCCCAGGUUGUUUUCAAACCAUGCUGCCCAGCUUCACACAUUACUGGGUCUGUACUGCAUCUCUGUAAACUGCAUGGACAAUGCAGAAGCACAGUUCACAACAGCACUUAGGUUGACUACACAUCAGGAGUUGUGGGCGUUUAUAGUCACAAACCUGGCCAGCGUCUACAUUAGGGAAGGCAACAGACACCAGGAGCAAGGGGCUUUAGGAAAUAUCGGGGGCACAGGCAAGAGAAUCAAAGGAGAGAAGUUGAAAGAAAAUUCUUACAGAUUUGAAACAUAA